ACAGUAUUUAAAAUGACAAGUCGUGGAGGAGGAAAGAAAGAGAUGGAUCCCGAGGAACAGAUGCGUCGGAAAUUUCGCGCCAAAUGUCUAUUUCGAGCGCUCGGGCGGCUUGCAAUGGCUAACAUCUAUUGGUUGAUAGAAGAUGUUGAUCAUUACGAAGGGGUAGAUGAUGUAAGAAGGAGGGUGGAACAAGCAGUACGAGGAAAGGCCAAAAAGAAGCAUCUAUUGACUGUUACCGAUAAAGCACUUUUAAAUAAACCAGCGGAGGAAAGAACAGAUCAAGAGAAAAAAUAUAUUUAUCGCAUCAUUGGUGGAUUAAAAUGUUUCAAACGUUAUCCAAAUCACGUAAAAAAGAAACUUGCUGCGGUGACGUACUUCAAGUAUUAUGGCCCGGGGCGGACCAUAGUUCGUCAACACCACGAAGCCCACGCUCUAUACUUCAUAGUGACUGGUGACAUCAUCGUCAGCCAGAUGGUGUUCGACGAGUUGCUCCAAAAGAACGUAUCCGUGGAUAUCGGUGUCAUGCACUCCGGUGAUAUGUUCGGUGAAGUUUCUUUGUUGCAUAACAUUCCAAGAACUGCUACUGUCACUACUACUGGUCACUGUGAAUUACUGGCAUUAAUGAAAGAAGAUUUCAAAAAUGUGCUCCAAGCAUCUGUACAGAAACAAUGGGAUGAAGUGCGGCAUGCAAUGUCAGCAUUCACGUACUUCGAAGGUCUUGAUGAGGUUGCACGUCGUGAAGGUUGUAUAAUGGCUAAAAUGAAGUCAUACAAGCCGAACGAAACCCUCCUCGGUGACGGCGUAGGAGUGGCCAAUUUUGUCUACUUUAUUUUAUCAGGCCGUUGUCAGAUGAUUGAGACUAUUCAAGUGGUCGUCACAUCUCGUUUAGGCCGCAGUUAUUAUGCACUCUACGACCCAUAUGUGCCUGAUGAAGAAAGCGAGCAAGAUUUUGAUACGAAAUAUUUUGGAGCAUAUAAAAAUCUCGACAAGGAUAGUAAAGAUACUCAUGAUUCCGUUGUCGCUACGGAUGAUCCAAUAAAAGAAGAUCGAAACAAAAGUAGCAUUGCUCGUGAAGGUAUAAGCAGUAUAUUAAAGUCGACCAGUGACGUUAAACAAAGACGGUCGGAAAGUUUAAAACAUGGCAGCGGAAAUGUUGUAAUUAAUGAUGACGAUGGGGUUAGACAGAGCAUUACUAGCGAUAAAGCAAAGUCAGAACGUUCAGCUUCUGUGAAAUCACAAGUAUUGAUGGAGCCUUCUGAAGUGACUCGGCAAUCUGUCAGAUUGAGCGUCAUUCCUGAGAAAUCUCAGCCAUCAACAGCGCCAUUAAAUACACGAACCUAUUUCAUGCAGGUAUGCCAGCUAAACCCGGGUUCAAGCUUCGGUUUCGGCGAGAAUAUGCGUGAUCGUCGCAUAGUAGCCCUGACUCCAGUAGAUUGCAUGCUGUUACCCAAGAUGUGGUUGUUACAGCGAAAUACAGCUAACAUCUGGACCCGUAUACAACAUUACCUCGAGAAAAAGAUACCAACAAAGAAGCAGCUAUUCAAAGAGUUCGUCUCCCAACGACGCUGGCAAGAGUUUCGUGAGCAGACAGUCAACGAUGUGGUUUCCCGUUCCAAUACCGUCAACUGGACCUCGGCUCAUGACGUUCCGUACUCUAUUAGGAUGGAAGAAAUGCUUGACAUUUGAAAAAGA